AUGGCCGUUGUGCCCCCGCUAGGAUGUGAGCAUUGUUCAAGAAGCCGGUUGCAGGAGCUGGGUUCCCUGGCACGAGCCGUCAACCAGACGGCUUUGACGACGAACGAGUUGGAUGGGACCCUGAUAGCACUCAACACCCGUGCAGACGACGACGCGGACGCCGAAACCAUACAGACGGUGCUAUGGGUUCUUGUUUCUAUAUCAGCACUGUUCCUGGGGUUGAGGAUAUACUGCAAGGUGUCCUAUUCAUACACAAAGAUUCGGUUUGAGGAUAUACUCCUCAUAGCGUCUUGGAUGGUUCUUGCAACGGAUGCGUCGCUAAACGAGUUCAUCAUCAAGUCCCGGUUUGGCCGCCCCGGGUUCCCCAUAACCGUCGAUAACAUAUCCGUGCUUGCAAUUAUCGGGCUGGCGUCCAUCACCUGCUCGUUUGUUGGCCAGGUGUGGAGCAAGACAGCAUUCGCCAUUUCACUCCUCCGAAUGUGCGAUGGCUGGAAGAAAGCCUUCGUAUGGUUUUCCAUCAUCUCCAUGAAUGUCUUGUUCACAUUCUCCGCAUUGUCGUUCUGGAUCGGGUGCGUCCCUCUCGAAAAGAGAUGGAAGCCCUUUAGUGAGGGAACCUGCUAUGAUCUGAAAUGGGUUGUGUCAUUCGGCAUAUUCAUCAGUGUUUACUCUGGUGUACUUGACAUCGCGUUGGCCAUCGUUCCAUGGCUAAUUCUAAUGCGACCCACCCCGGCCGAAGCAUCAUCGGGACUGACAUUAAGCAAGAAAGAGAAGAUUGGUGUCUCCGUGGCGAUGAGUAUGGGAGUUUUAGCCGGCGUGGCUGCUUUUGUCAAAGCUUCCUAUAUGCGGUCCGUGAAUGACACCACUGGUGACUUCUCUCACGGAGGAGCGGAACUGGCCGUUUGGGCAGCAGCCGAAACGGCAAUCACCAUCAUGGCGGCGACCAUUCCAGUACUACGGGUGAUGCUGCGCGACACCGCAGUCAAGACGCGAUUUCUUCCCGAAGCCAUCAGAAUGAAAGUCCGGGGUACUGUCAGAAGAUCCGAAAGAGAUUCGGGAAUGCCCAUGCAGCAGCAGCCAGGAGAGGACAAGUCACCCAUCGUCGGCUCGGGAAAUUCAAUAGCUACUGCCGGGGCUUCCUCUUCCUCGUCCGGCUCGACGGUCGACUCCAGCAAGACACUUAUGACCAAGCAGGGAGAACCUAGACGGAAACGGAAUGGAUGA